UUCCAUGUAAUUAAGCAGCUGAGAGGCAUGAGUGUGGCGUUAGUGCUGCUUCCCGUGGUGCUGGUUGCCGUGCUCGCGGGGGCUCAGCGAGCUUGCCCCAAGAGCUGCAGAUGCGAUGGCAAGAUUGUGUACUGCGAGUCGCACGCCUUCAGAGACAUCCCUCAGAAUAUUUCUGGAGGGUCUCAAGGCUUAUCGCUGCGGUACAACAGCAUUCAGAAGCUUAAAUCGAAUCAGUUCGCGGGCCUGAAUCAGCUCAUAUGGCUUUAUCUUGACCAUAAUUACAUCAGCUCGGUGGAUGAGGAUGCGUUUCAGGGGAUUCGCAGGCUGAAGGAAUUAAUUUUAAGCUCCAACAAAAUUACCCAUCUGCACAACAAAACGUUUCACCCGGUCCCCAACCUCCGCAAUCUGGACCUCUCUUACAACAAGUUGCAGGUGUUGCAGUCCGAGCAGUUCAAGGGCCUUCGUAAACUCUUGAUCUUGCACUUGCGGUCUAACUCGCUGAAAACCGUGCCGAUCCGCGUUUUCCAAGACUGCCGAAACCUUGACUUUCUGGAUUUGGGCUACAACCGCCUGCGAAGCUUAUCCCGUAAUGCUUUCGCUGGCCUUUUGAAGUUGACAGAGCUCCACUUGGAGCACAACCAGUUUUCUAAGAUCAAUUUUGCCCACUUUCCACGCCUCUUCAACCUUCGCUCGAUUUAUUUGCAGUGGAAUAGGAUCCGGUCUAUUAGCCAAGGGUUAACGUGGACUUGGAGUUCCUUGCACAACUUGGAUUUAUCAGGAAAUGACAUUACAGGGGUAGAGCCCGGGACCUUCCAGUGCCUCCCCAACCUGCAAAAGCUGAACCUGGAUUCCAACAAACUCACCAACAUCUCUCAGGAGACCAUCAAUACAUGGAUCUCGCUCAUCUCCAUCACUCUGUCCGGAAAUAUGUGGGAAUGUACUCGAAGCAUUUGCCCUCUGUUUACGUGGCUUAAGAAUUUCAAGGGAAAUAAAGAAAGCACGAUGAUAUGUGCAGGCCCUAAACAUAUCCAGGGUGAAAAAGUGAGCGAUGCUGUGGAAACAUACAAUAUCUGUGCUGAAAUCCAGGUGGUGGUUACUGAAAGAUCAUACCAGCCACCCAAAACUCCCCAGAGACCUGUCUUCAUUCCUAAACCUACCAUUUCCAAACUUGAAAGCAAUCAGCCAACAUCUGUAAUGCCAAGCCCUUCCGCGGAGCUCCCAACACCCGGAGUGGAACCAGAGUAUGAGCACGUUUCCUUUCACAAAAUAAUCGCUGGGAGUGUGGCCCUCUUUCUUUCCGUGGCCAUGAUUUUGUUGGUUAUCUACGUGUCGUGGAAGCGCUACCCAGCCAGCAUGAAACAGCUCCAGCAGCACUCGCUCAUGAAGAGGCGCAGGAAAAAGGCCCGAGAGUCCGAAAGGCAAAUGAACUCCCCUUUACAGGAGUAUUACGUGGACUACAAGCCAACAAACUCUGAGACCAUGGAUGUAUCCGUUAAUGGAUCUGGGCCCUGCACCUAUACCAUCUCUGGCUCCAGGGAAUGCGAGGUAUGA